AUGACACACUUUGGGGAGUUUCUCCGAUCGGCAUCACCGGCAAUGGAGCCUAUCAAGAUUGCGGUGAUUGACGAUGGCAUCGACAUCGGGCUAGACAUCUUCAACAACAAGCUCGGCGCGGGCGACUCGUUCUUGGUCUUGGACGAGGUUUACGGGAAGCGCGGGGGAGCCUACUACGUUCCUUCGGGGAGUCACGGAACGCUGGUGGCGCAUCUGAUCUGCACCGUGUGCCCAGUGGUCAAGCUUUAUGUGGCUCAGCUGGAGACCGUGGACCGUUCCGAUGGACGACGCUCGUUUACUUCCGAGUCUGCGACGGACGCAAUCAAUUGGGCCGUCGAUCGAGACGUCGACAUCAUUUCAAUGAGCUGGUCCAUCAAUUCCAGCCGAGAAUUGACGGAUCUCAAUGACGCCAUCGGCCGGGCCGAGAAGAACCAGAUCAUCAUGCUUUGCUCCGCCAUUGAUCAGGGCAGCCAGGUCCGCGACAACACCUAUCCCGGGAAGAAUAAUAACUGCAUCAAGAUCGGCGCGUCGACGGUCACGGGGGAGCGGCUCGGCUGGGUCUCGAAGGACGCCUGUUGCUUUUUGUUACCGGGCGAGAAUGUCUCCCUGCCGCGUAGGAGGAGUUCUUCCUCCUCCCAAUCGGGCUCCACUACCCACCCCCAGGCCGGGCCAUACGGCAGCUCGGUAUCCACCGCGCUCGCGGCCGGGUUGGCUGGCGCUCUGCUGUACUGUGAGCGACUGUUG